UUUCUGGAAUAUAAGAGUCUUCAAAGCGCACCUUUCAGGAAGAGCGAGCACUAGAGAGGCGCGUGACUGAUCCGCGCGCGCGCGCGCUCACGCACCGGUCACUUGUGUUGUGUCAAACACGUUCAAGUAUGGCAUUGCGCUUUUGCGAUUUCCCGAACAGAAACAGAAAACACAAACGGGAUUAUACUUCAUAAACUUCGUCGGUUUCGAGGAAUAAGUGGCUCUAAGCGCUUUUAUCGCCCUGACUACGCAUUGGUGUCCUUGUGAUGUUUCUGGCUGUAAGGAUGGCUUACAUUCAGUAUAUUCUCGCUGCUCAAAAGAAAUCAUCUACUUUAUGUAGCACAGGACCUUAAAUUAAAGCUCAGUGUGCUAAAUGUUUAGACCAUAUGUAUUAAAGCAAACCAAAAAGUGAUUAGGUAAACAAAAGCCAAGUCCAAAGUUUAAUGAACCGAGAGAUCAUGACAUUCUGAAUCCGGAUUAUAACACUUUUCUGAAAGCUGGACGAAAGCCAUGGGCAAGGAGCAGGACCUUCUUCUGGCUGUGAAGAAUGGAGACCUUCCUUUAGCUCAUAAACUUCUGGCCAAGAUCAAGACCAACCGAAAUAAGUUGCUGGCCUCCACAAAGAGGCUAAAUGUGAACUACCAAGACCAAGAUGGUUUUUCAGCUCUUCAUCAUGCGGCUCUCACUGGCACCACUGACCUCUUGUCUCUGCUGUUGGAGUCACAAGCCACCGUGGACAUCAAAGACAGCAAUGGCAUGCGUCCACUGCACUAUGCUGCCUGGCAGGGGAAGGCUGACUCUGUACUUAUGCUCCUGAGAGCGGGAGCUUCUGUGAAUGGGGCUUCACAAGAUGGACAGAUCCCUCUCCACCUGGCUGCACAGUACGGACACUAUGAGGUGUCUGAAAUGCUGCUACAACACCAGUCCAAUCCCUGUACUGUCAACAAGGCCAAGAAGACCCCUCUGGACCUGGCCUGUGAGUUUGGCAGACACAAGGUGACCCAGCUGUUGUUGAGCAGUAACAUGGUGGUAGCUCUCUUAGAGGGGAACGGUAGGGAUAACACCCCCCUGCAUCUUGCUGCCCGCAAUGGUCAUAAGGACAUCAUCAGACUGCUGCUAAAAGCUGGGAUUGACAUCAACAGAACCACUAAAUCCGGAACGGCUCUACAUGAGGCUGCCCUCUAUGGGAAAACGGAAGUAGUACAAUUAUUGCUUGAUGCUGGGAUUGAUGUGAACAUCCGCAACACCUACAAUCAAACAGCACUGGACAUUGUGAACCAGUUCACCACUUCACAUGCCAGCAAAGAAAUCAAACAACUCCUUCGAGACGCUAGCGGAGCAUUGCAGGUGAGAGCUUUGAAGGACUACUGGAAUCUCCAUGACCCAACUGCACUCAACAUCCGGGCAGGAGAUAUAAUCAUGGUCUUGGAGCAGCAUAUGGAUGGACGUUGGAAAGGACACAUCCAUGACAGUCAGAGAGGCACUGACCGUGUGGGAUUCUUCCCUCCCUCCAUCGUGGAGGUCAUUAGUCGCAGAUCAGGGGGCAUUCUCUCCCGGCAGGCCUCACUACCCGUCAAGAGACAUCACAUUCUGUCCAGAGCCCUGUCCUCACACACUUCUCAUCACACCUCUCACACUGACGACUCCUAUACCUUAUACUCAUCCACCCGUCCUGUACUGACUCCCCACAAUGGGCUGGAUCAGCACCCAGGUGCGAUUCCCGACAGUCCCAGUGCUCUGUGUAAGCAAGCUAGUCCCAAAGAUCCAGACGAUAUUUGGGUCCUCAGGACCGCUCUUAAUGCAGGUGACAGGAACAGUGUGGGCAGUGCAGGCAGCAUGGGCAGCAGUCGCAGUGCUGGCAGUGGACAGAGCACCGAGGGAAACUUUCCACACAAUGGACCCAGUCAGUCACCUUCUGCUGUUCAGGACACCACCAAGCUGCCUCCCUCUGCUGGAGAACUGGUGGAACAGACAAAACAGACGGACCCUCAUUCAGGUGCUCUUGGACGGAGGAUUCCACCAGGAGAACAUCAUGUCAUACACCCACAGCAACUUCUGGAUGGCAAGGAUGCUGAGGCCAUUUACCAGUGGCUCUGUGAAUAUCAGCUUGAGCAGUACACAUCUAAUUUCCUCACAGCUGGCUAUGAUGUGCCCACAAUCAGCAGAAUGACCCCUGAGGAUCUCACCGCUAUUGGCGUCACAAAGCCUGGCCACCGCAAGAAGAUCUCCAUGGAGAUCGGCAACAUGAAUAUCUCAGAGUGGUUGCCAGAUUACAUUCCAUCUGAUAUUGGGAAAUGGCUCAGUGCGAUUGGGCUGCCACAAUACCAGAAGAAGCUAGCAGAGAAUGGAUAUGACUCCAUCAGCAUAGUGCAGGAUAUCACUUGGGAGGAUCUACAGGAAAUUGGCAUCACUAAGCUGGGCCAUCAGAAGAAGCUAAUGCUUGCUGUUAAGAAGCUCAGUGACCUCCAGAAGGCUCAUAAGAAUCAGGCCGAGGGGCAGGCAUUGUUACAGAGCAGGAGAGCUCCUCCCGCCCUCGAGCUGGUGGCCAUCGAGCAUCACAACAGCUCUGAAUGCCCCUCGUCACCUCAAUCACCAAAGAUGCUCACCUUCCAGGACAGCGAGCUGAGCGUUGAGCUACAGAACGCCAUGGCUCGCAGCGGACACGGUGGAGGCCAAGAUGCUUUCGGAAACAUGGGUGGAACAUCCAUGCGUCUUAGUCAAGAAAGCAUCGGUACACGGUCAGGAGGGUCAGGGCGGUCGCAAGAACGUCCAAUGGCAUCGGUAACUCCUAACAGCCGCACACAAGAGAGCCUAGGCAGCAUGGACAACAGUCCCAGCAAGGAAUCUCAGGAUAGAAGUCAAAUAUCACCUGUAAAAAUGGCGCUACAGCAUCAUCACCCUUCAUCUGGCAGUCCAGUAAGGACGCCACCCAUAGCUACUAGUAAAAUAGCACGUUUCGUAUAUCCACCCAUCCACACCAAACCUAGACCGAUGGUUUCUCCCUCUCAGCCCCAUCAUGGAUCACCACAUCAGAGAGGCUUCAACUACCUGCAGCAUCAAAACUGCAAUGCCAACAUGGGAAGCCCAAGUCCAAUCAGAGCCCCACAGCCAAACGGGGACCCAUCUCGGUCCAAAAAGCGCACUCAGAGUCUUUCACGCUAUGCCAUGUCGGAUGGAGAGAAUGAAGAUGAUGACAUCUCGGCCCCUACGACAACAACCGCUAAUGUGGCGUCUUAUGUCACACUCACUCGCAAGCCUGGCCGCAGCCAACCAUCUUACAUUUCCAGUGAGCGCCAAGUGGGCCGCAGUCAUUCCUUCGCCAUACGUGCCAAGAGGAAAGGUCCUCCUCCUCCCCCUCCAAAACGACUAAGCUCUGCCCCAAGCGGGGUUGAAAUGGAGAGCGCAGGAAGUGUCCGAAGCAUUGCAGCCAGGCUGGAGAACAAUACAGGAAGCCCCAACAAGACAUGUACCAGCCCUGUUUUUAAAGCCAUGUCCCCAGCCAUCUCGCCAAAAAAUAUGGAAAACCGUCGGAGGACCGCUAGUGAAUCUUCAACGUAUGGAGCAAAGCAUGAUGGAGAAGAUCCUGCUGGUGUAGACAUCAGCCCUCUGAGGAGCAAACAAAGUUCAACAUCCUCACAGGAGAGCAUACCUUUCGCAGAAGAGGGCAAAGUUACUAUCAAACAGAGGAGCAAAAUAGCAUCUGCUAAGAUCGAGUCUGUUGAAAUUCUGAAGCCGGUGCAAUCUAUCAAUUCAUCCCUAGAGGUGCCGGAGAUUAACUUGAAGGAAUCAGACACAGUCAAAAGGAGACCCAAGCCAAAAGAACUGCAGAUGAAAGGUCAGGACACCAGCACGCAAAUAGGAAAUGAGAGGGCCGCUGAGACCGAGAUGGUCUCGCAAUGCAUGCAGAAUGGUGGCCUGACAAAAAAUCCUUAUAAAUCUGGCAUUUCUCCGAAACCAGGAUCUCCACAUAAACCUCCCACCCCUUCUAAACCCACACGCCAUUCUUCUGCAGCAAACUCAGGAGUGACGGUCAGUGUCGUACAGAGCGUGGCCUUUGCAGACUCGCCUCCUUGUAGUCCUCUGGCUCGCUGUUCACCAAACAAAGCAGCUCAAGGUCAGUCUGUAUUGGCAGGAAAGCCACAGGCUGUGACGGAAGGCCAGAACAUGCUGGUCCACAAACGACUUGAGCAAACCAGCACAUCUCUCGAGGCAGCACUUAAAGUUGUGGAGAAGAAGUUGGCUCAGGAAGAUCCAGCAGACAGGGGCAUUAACACAGUGAAGUCAGCUGGGAACAUUCUUGAUGAUAUAGGGAACAUGUUCGAUGAUCUUGCUGACCAGCUGGAAGCCAUGCUGGACUGACCUUCUGUAAUUCCUACAGGUAGAACAAGCGAACCUCUGGAUAUUUGAGACCAGCAGUAUCUAACUUCUCACACUUUAAUCACUUCAGUGAUCCUGCUGACAAGCAUUGGUUUUACAGUUGAAUUAAAUGAGCUAAGCGUCUGUUGGCUGGAUCGUGCCUCAAAUUUCCAAAAUAUCCACUUGAGAACUUCAACAUAUCUUUUACCAAACUAUUGCUUUCUGCAUCUUCGUCGUCGUAUCUGCAGUGAAGAUUGCUGAAUGUAAGCACUUACUGUUCUACAGAUCUACUGUACUAAAGCUCUUUCAACAGAGACACUUUAAUUUCCUGUUGUGCUCACAGUUGGCCUCUAGCACAUGGAUAUACGGUGUAAAAUCAAAGUGAGAUACAACCUGAACUCGGUUACAAGUGCAACAGAUUCACUCUCCAGUUUUGUUUUCUGUAGACUUGAAAAUCCUGUUCAAAAGCAAUAAUACAGCUGAUCAAAAACAUAACCAAGAAAACGCUUGAUUUAUUAAUAACCCAAACCUCAUGGACCAUGUUUAACUGUACUGUAACUAUAUAUAUAUAUAUAUAUAUAGGUCCAUGCCAACAGAUUCGGUGUUGUACAGUAGAUUUUUAGUUUCACUGUACAUUGUAUGUUUCAAUCUUUGUAUAGAAUUCAACUAGAGCUCAGCAUAUUAAAAGUGUAUUUUGACAACCGUUGAGUUUGGGGAAAGAGAAACUGUAUAUGGAUUACAUCUAUUAUAUAUUUUUGUACCAGAAUAAUAAUUUAUUGGGUUUGUCAGGUUAAAAGGGAAAGUCCCUCUUGGUGAAUUCUGAAAUUGAGAAGCAAAAAUAGAAGCACUACAUUUUUAGGCUCGGCUGACCAAAAGGGAACUUUUAUUUGAAUAAAAUAGGGCCCAUGUGGUUAAUUAAAACACACAAAAACAUCACCAGAAUAUACAGGAUAAGAAGUGUUCUAAUGGAGCAUUCAUUUCUGUGACUCUUGUGCACUUUCACCAUCUUUAUGUAGAGUAUGCAUUAUGUAUCUUUUAUUGUACAGAUUUAUUUUUGCAUGUACUGUACACUGGCAGGACAGCCAGUACUUGACUGAAAGAGACCUUUCUCUAACUGUUUGACGUGAACUACAUUGUUAAAAAGAAUUGUAUAUGUAAAAACUGUGAGAAGACCAUCCUGUUCUUGCAUGCUUUCUUUUUGUAAGCAACAAUCUGGAAUUACAACUUUUGUGUUACGUGGCAUAAUGAUAUUUUAAUGGACAGCAGCACUGUUGGUGCUACAGUAUCAUUUAAAUGAGCACUGUGUACUUUAUUUCCCCAAGUUCAUUCCUUACUGCAGUGCUUUGUGUGGCAUUGCGCUGAGUUGCUUUGCCUGAGUGGGGCCACCAGUACCAUACAAUAAUUAAAAUAGGCCUCUUAAUUCAAUUAUUUUAACUACUUGAAGUAUUGUUUAAUAAAAACGUCACAAGAUCAA